AUGGCUUGCCCUUUGUUGAAUGAUGUAGUUGAUGAAGUUUUAAUACUCAGACGAGCAUUCAGGCAUGAAAGAGUCUUCCGAGAUAGGGCAGACCCAUUGGCCUUUUCAGACGAAUAUCUGACUGAGAGGUACAGAUUCUCAAGUGAUGGCAUCAGAUAUUUGUGUAGGCUGCUGGGUCCAAACAUACAGCACAGGACCGCACGGAGCCAUGCUCUCACUGUCCCACAGAUGGUCUGCAUAGCACUGCGAUUCUUUGCAAGUGGCAUGUUUCUGUAUUCUGUCGGUGAUGCACAAAACCUCAAUAAAGCCACUAUUUGCCGCACAAUAAGAAAAGUAAGUCUGGCAUUGAAAUCUCUUGUGCACAUAUUUAUCACCUUCCCUGGCCACAGAAGAUUCAUCCACAUCAAGGAGGAGUUCUACAAGAUUGCAGGGGCACAUGAGGGAGAUUAUGUGAACAGGAAAUCCUUCCACUGUGUCAAUGUUCAGAUGAUCUGUGAUGCUGACUGCCUCAUCACAAAUUUAGAGGCAAAGUGGCCUGGCUCAGUCCACGACUCCAGAAUCUUUCGGGCCAGUAGAAUUUACCAGAGACUCUCUCUAGGCGAGUUCUCUGGUGUGCUGCUGGGGGACAAAGGUUAUGUCUGUGAGACAUUUCUGAUGACUCCCCUUACAGACCCCCAAACCCCAGCACAGCAAGCUUACAACCAUGCCCAUGCCAAAACCAGGGCUCGAAUUGAAAUGACCUUCGGCCUCCUGAAAUCCCGAUUUCAGUGCCUGCACCACCUGAGGGUCUUCCCAGACAGAGCAUGCGACGUGACUGUUGCCUGCACAGUGCUGCACAAUAUUGCCAGCCUAAGAAAAGAAAGAGUGGACUCCCAGAGUUGCUUUGGAUGUUGA